CUCCUUUUUGACCGCUUUUGACGUAUGGAAAACAAUCCCCUUAUUAUUUUCCCUCAAUUUUGUAAAUAUAAUUUGUGUAAAUGAAUUGAGGAGACAAUGAAGUUAUCAUGAAUAGUCUGGGCCUCAGUUUGAUACUCAGAAUGGGGUGUUUGUGCUCCAAAGAAACAAUCACUGUCAAUUCGACCAAGUACAGGGUUUUGGAGCAUCUUGGAGAAGGGGGUUUCAGCACAGUUUAUCUAGUAGAAGAUAUCGAAAGUCACAAAAAAUAUGCAAUCAAAAAAAUUGUUUGUCAUGGACCUGAGGACCAGCAUGCAGCUGCCAAAGAGAUCGAGUGUCAUUCGAUGUUGAAACACCCAAAUAUCAUUCCUCUCAUAGAUUCAGCUCAAAAUGGCCUUGCCGAUCCCCUCAUCAAUUCUACUGGGGAGGUUCUGCUGGUUCUGCCUUAUUAUCACAGAGGAACAUUAGCCCACGAACUAGAGAGAAGAUCCAAGAAUUCCAACUACUUCAGUCCCCUGGAGAUUCUCAACCUAUUUCUCCAGAUAUGCGAGGGUGUGAGGGCCUUUCACGAGGUGAAGCCUGAACCCCUAGCCCACAGAGACCUCAAAACAGCGAAUAUUGUGAUUGGGGAUGGCAUGACACCAGUGAUAAUGGACCUGGGGUCUGUCGCCCCAGCUAGGGUCAAGGUCUGUGGAGCUCAGGACGCUCAGUCCCUUCAGGAUGUCGCGGCUGAGAGAUGCUCAAUGCCUUACAGAGCACCUGAACUCUUCAAUGUCGAGAGCUACUGCAUGGUCGACGAGAGAACUGACAUAUGGGCCCUUGGCUGUAUUUUGUACGCCCUUUGCUAUUUUAAAUCACCUUUUGAUGCUGUUUACGAACGGGGGGACAGUGUGGCACUGGCAGUCAUCAGUGCUAAUGUCAGUUUUCCGGAGAAUGCACCUUACAGUGAGGAAAUGCAGAAUUUAAUUCUCUCAAUGUUGAAAACAAAUCCGAUGGAGCGACCCUAUAUCUACAGUGUAAUAGAAAGUAUUCACGAUGCAAUAGCCAAGAUCGAGGGACGAGUCUGAUCGUUAAUAUUAAUUUUAUUAAUUUAUUUGCGAUGAUAAUUGAACAGUGAAAAGAUAAAUUAAAUUUAUCUUCCCGAUUCAUAAUUUUUCUGAAUUAACUUAAGAAAAUAUUUCAGUUGUCAUUUAUCCACUGAGUGUAAUUAGAUUAUCAAUUAUUUCUUUGAUUUUAUUCGUAAUUAUACGUAAUUAGUUAGAAGAGAAAUUUUUCCUAGUAAUUCCGACCAGAAUAAAGAAACAAAUAAGAUAA